AUUUUGUUUUUGUACAACUUUUACAUUAAAUUUUCAGUUCCCUCCAAACGGCACGUCUCUUUGAAAAUCCCAAUUUUCCCUCCACGCUUUUUUAGCUCUGAAAUCAAACAAAUUCAAAUCCAAAGCAAAGCCUAAAAUCCAUUCCUUUAUAUAUGCUAUCUUCUUCCACCACAAACCCAAUCAACACACAAACCUUCUUCUCUCCAAAUUCAAAUUCAAAUUCAAAUGGCUUCUUCCUUGGGUGUUGGCUCUUCUCACUCUCACUCAUCAUCCGGCGAGAUCCAUCUCUUUGUGGGUCCCAUGUUCGCUGGCAAAACGACAUCACUUCUUCGUCGUAUUAAGUCCGAGGUUGAUAACGGCAGGAAUGUGGCGAUGUUAAAAUCGAGCAAAGAUAAUAGAUAUGCAGUUGACUCUGUUGUGACCCAUGAUGGGAUUAAAUUUCCCUGUUGGGCAUUGCCAGAUUUGAUGUUGUUCAAAGAUAAAUACGGACACGAAGCCUAUCAAAAGUUGGAUGUUAUUGGUAUAGACGAGGCUCAGUUUUUUGAGGACUUAUAUGACUUUUGCUGCAAGGCUGCUGAUGAAGAUGGUAAAAUUGUUGUUGUUGCAGGCCUGGAUGGUGAUUACAUGAGGAGGAGCUUUGGCUCAGUGCUUCACAUAAUACCAAUUGCUGAUACUGUAACUAAGUUAACAGCUCGUUGUGAACUAUGCGGUAAACGCGCCUUCUUUACCUUGAGGAAGACGGGAGAGAAACAAACUGAACUAAUUGGUGGGGCUGAUUUAUACAUGCCUGUUUGCCGCCAUCACUAUGUGAAUGGUCAAGUUGUUGUAGAAGCUGCCAUGAAGAGUGUCUUCGGAUCUCAAAAAGUUGGAUGUGGUUCCCUUAUUGAGACAGCCCCAGUUGUUUAAUAAAUAAUUAAUAGGAAUAUAAAAUGGUCUUUAUGUGGCCUUAACAUGUUUACUUGAUUCUGGUGUGUAUCUGUGUUGUGUGAUUCAUUGCGUUUCACAUAAUCUAUCUCUUUUUCUUUUUUUACCUUUUUCAGUCUUCUGAAUUCUGAUUAUGUGUGUGAUAUAUACAGGAGUUCGUUUAAGCUCCUAUUUUGUCAUAAUGUACUAUACUUUACUAAUCAAUAAAGAAGUCCUUGUUCACAAGUUA